UAUCUUGGCCGGCCCAGCUGUUUGAACUGGCCACUGAAUGAACCAAACUUUGUCAACUUCUCUUCCAUUUUACAGACCAGCACUUACUCAGACUCCGAAGUGUUCAUUUCCCCAGCACAGGGACACUGCUUGUCGUAGUGGAGGUAGAGGUUCUGUUCUAUGGGAGAAUCUCAGACAUUCUAGACUUAGACUUCUGUAGAGGUCUUUUGCUUCUUACACAGAGAAGCCCUGUUCUGAAGUGCCUCACUGAGAGGAGAGCUCCCCAUCUCAGCCUGUAGAGCUCAUCUGGAACUAGGAGGAUCUGCUGGCAAGGUGCCCAUUGCUGUGUAGGUUCCUGCGCGCAGAAUCUUGGUGAGCUGAACAGCAGUCAUGCCGCCUGCCAUGGGAGGACCCCAGGGGUACACCCCUCCAGAGGGGGGCUGGGGCUGGGCAGUAGUGGUGGGAGCCUUCAUCUCCAUCGGCUUCUCCUAUGCCUUUCCCAAGUCCAUAACCGUCUUCUUCAAGGAGAUUGAGGUCAUUUUCGACUGCACCAGCAGCCAGGUGUCAUGGAUCUCUUCCAUCAUGCUGGCAGUGAUGUACGCCGGAGGUCCUAUCAGCAGUAUCCUAGUUAAUAAGUAUGGGAGUCGUCCCGUCAUGAUGUGUGGAGGAUUCCUGUCUGGCUGUGGACUGAUUGCUGCCUCCUUCUGCAACUCAGUGGAAGGACUUUACUUCUGUGUGGGAGUGGUCGGAGGUUUGGGACUGGCAUUCAAUCUGAACCCAGCCCUUACUAUGAUUGGGAAGUACUUCUACCAUAAGCGGCCCAUCGCCAAUGGAAUCGCCAUGGCGGGCAGCCCAGUGUUCCUAUCCACCCUGGCCCCUCUCAACAGCUGGUUCUUUGACCAGUUUGGUUGGAGGGGCAGCUUCCUGAUACUGGGAGGCUUGCUGUUCAACUGCUGCGUCGCUGGUUCUCUCAUGAGACCCAUCGGACCAAAACCACAGCCUGCCGUGAAAAGUGAAGAUGCUGCCAAAGAGAGUACGACGUGUGGGCAGAAGUGCAACAGUUUUAUCGACCUCUCGCUGUUCAAACACCGGGGCUUCGUGCUCUACCUCAUGGGUAACGUCAUCAUGUUCUUUGGUCUCUUCUCCCCACUAGUGUUCCUUAGUAACUUUGCCAAGAGCAGGGACAUCCCCAAAGAGAAGGCAGCCUUCCUGCUGUCUGUCCUGGCCUUUGUGGACAUGGUGGCCCGGCCCUCCAUGGGCAUUGUGGCCAAUACAAAGUGGAUACGACCCAGGGUGCAGUACUUCUUUGCCUGCUCUGUGCUGUUGAACGGUGUGUGCCACGUCCUGGCGCCCAUCUCCGUGGACUACACAGGCUUCGUUAUCUAUGCCAUCUUCUUUGGCUUUGCCUUUGGCUGGCUGAGUGCAGUGCUGUUUGAGACGCUCAUGGACCUUGUGGGAACGCAGCGCUUCUCCAGUGCAGUGGGACUGGUCACCAUUGUGGAGUGUGGGCCUGUCUUGUUAGGUCCCCCUUUUUUAGGGAAAUUCAAAGACAUCUACAAUGACUACCAAUACACCUACCAGAGCUGUGGGGUGAUCCUUAUCAUUGCCAGUGUGUUCCUGUUUGUGGGGAUGGGUAUCAACUACCGGUUGUUGGACAAAGAGAAAAAAGAGGAGGAAAGGAAGGCUAAACUGGAGGGAAAAGAAGAAGAGUCCAACAGGGACAAUGCUACCAAAGAAGCCACCAAUGACAGGGUGAGAGCAGUUGACGAGACAAAAACUGAAGAAGAAAUAAUCUAACUUUCAUUGACAUCAAAUUCACGCAUUCACAUGGUAUCUCAAUACAGUCAUUGAGAUAAUGUAGACAUCAAAUUAAUUUGGUUCAAGUCUUAGACAGCAAUGUUCAUGUAAACAUAUUUCUUCACCAUUUCCACUUCUGUCAUUGAAUAAUGUAUUAUCAGCAUAAUAUGACUGUGUCAAGAUACAACUGCCCUGCCCAAAAAUACUAUAUUUUACGAAUCUGGAGUCCAGAUAGUACAUUUUCUGCAUAAGUGUUGUGAUAUACAGUAUUUUAGAAUAUUAUUAUAUGCAGGUAAUUUCUGUCUAUACUGUAUUUGGAAUUUCAGAAGUCCACCUCAAAUAACUACAAUGUACAGUAUUAUUAUGUGAAACACUUAAUGGAUAUACUAGUGCUUUUAGAAGGUUUAAUGAAUCACUGUAACAUUUUGUUCACACUGUCAUGAUGAAUGGUAGGUUUCUUUAAUCUCCGAAAGCAUUGUUACAUGAAUAAUCAGGUGUAGUCUCUUGAUAUUCACAGUUCUUCAAUACAUCUUCAAAACAAUUAUAUUCCCGUGUUGACUGUACGGCUAAAAACAACACCAAAGAUAAUACAGCAUGAAGACUUGCAGAAACUGCUUCUGCAAUAGGAUUCCCCAAACACACUUGUGGAGUUGUCACUAUUUACAAAAAUUGGCUAUAUCCAGGGGCGCAACUUUGGUUUUAGAUGUGGGGGGGGACAUAACCAUUAUUUUUUUUUUAAUCCAGUCGGAUAAACACUCCAAACAGCCUACCCGACCGCUCGGAGGCGUCUGCAUGGUCCUAAAGCACAUCGUUGCCUUGUUUUGUAUCAUAUUCAAAUAAUAAAAUUAGGGAGGGACAAAAAUACAAUUUCAAAAUGUGGGGGGGACAUGUCCCACUCGUCCCCAGUGAAAGUUGCGGCCCUGGCUAUAUCGUUAAAAUUACGUAAACAAAAAUUGGCUUUUUGGUAUUAAUUUAAGUUUAGGCGUAAGGUUUGGGUUAAGGUUAGGUUUGAAAUCAGAUUUUAAAAAGAGAAAUUGCAGAAAAAGGCGGGGUUUAGCCAUAUUUAUCACUAUAUGCCUCUGGUAACUAAUGAUGACCACAUUUUGCCGUUAGCUAGCUCAACUCAAUGCGUAGAAACACAUCAUCGGGUCUAACGGUUGUCUUGCGCCAAAAUGGGAACGUGUAGGCCCUAAAAUCAAUGGCACUAAUUCAAUAUAAAUUUGUUUUUUACAAAAAAAUAUGUACGUGUCAGUUUGUCACUUUCACGAGGUUGGAAUAAUAACUACUUUAGCCAUUGGCUCAAAUCUAGGAUGUGCCUUUAGAUUUUGAGAACAUUUACAGAAUUUUGCACUUCUAUCACUGACUUCUCAUUCCUGGCCUGGUCUUCUUGGUCUGUUUCGCAAGCGUUUCCAGAAGUCUAGCGAUGUUGCGCAUCUGGGCUUAGAAACUGUUGGUGCUUUCAAGACAACUGGGAACCCCCCCCCCAAUAAGAUACCCAAGUUUCAGACUUGAAAUUCCGAGUUGGAUGACUAUUCAAACAAAAGAAAUCCCAGUCUGAGCUAAUUUUUUCCCCAUUUCCCAGUUGUCUUGAAUGCACUGAAGUCGGAGAUUUCCGAGUUUCCAGUUGUUUUGAACGUAGUAUUUGUGACAACACCAAAGACAAUACAACACUCUUGAACUGUGAAGGGUGCAAUUGGGGGCGUUCCUGCAUGUGGGCAUUUCUGCAUCUGUAGGAACCCCUCUUUAUGCGUAAAUUUGUCAAUUUUUUUGCUAGGACUCCGGUCCACAGGGGCACUCCAGUACAGUAUGUGGUGGUUAUGCAUGCCGAAGAGGCAGGGGGACAACGGAAACUAGUUAGUUAGCAAUGUUAGACAGUGUCCUUCGCCCCAAGCCUGUUGGGCAUUCGUUUCCCGCUGUUCUGUUAACAAGGUCGAGGGCAGUUGUUCGGCAGGCAUUUAGGACACUGGGUAAUAGCUAGCCAGUUAGUAAGCUAGGACUCCGGUACACAGUAGGUGGGAUAGGUAGCUAGCUAGCACACCGGUACACAGUGUACUUUGCCCCUGCCUGUCGGGCACUUUUUCCGGAAGUACUGUUAAUGACAGCAAGGGCAGGUUUUCGGCAGGCGUUUAGGACAAUGGGUGCUAGCUAGUUAGCUAGCUAGGAUUCUGGCAGGUGUUCGGCAAGCCGGAGCAAAAAACACUGUGUGAUAGCUAGCUAGUUAGCUAGGACUCCGGUACACAGCAGCAGAAGAAAGGUUGCUAGUUAACGAUAGCUAGGACACCGGUAGACAAUGUACUUCGCCCAUGCCUGUCAUGCACUAGUUUCCCGCAGUUCUGGUAAUAAUGGCGAGGGCAGGUGUUUAGCAGGUGGGAAUGAAGGACACUGUGUGCUAACUUGUUAGCUUACUAGCUAGGACGCCGGAACACAGCUAGCGGGGGCGACUCCGGCAGAUAGCUGUUAGGUGGGGUUCCUGCGGAUGCUUGGAAUUUCCAGUUACUACAUUUCCUGUCUUAACCUAUUAGCUACUUAUCUCUAGAUGGCAGUAUUUACUCUUACAUUAAUGACUCUUGAGCUCCUGAAAGUUUAUCCUCAUCCUGGAGGAAGUUGUUUGCACGUUAUAUUGGAAAAUGACACUGUAUAUCACUGUUACUGAUUGAUUUAAUUUUAAUUUUAAGUAACUUAAAAAAUAUUCCAGACAUAACCACCUUGAGGUUGCACUGAUGUAGCCUACUUGAUGAGAAUAAAGUCAUAAUUGUGAAUGCAGAAAUCAAGGGUUUGAUCCAAUGAAAGUUGAUAGGCAUUGAUUGUCAUGUGAUGGUACCCUGAUCCAUGAGGGAACAGACAAUCUUUGGUCAUCAUCAUUUUCAUAUGUUCAAGGGCACUUGGAGGGUCUUGAAGGGAUCCAGAUUUUUGCCAGAAUUGACUUUUCAUAUCAGGGCUAGGAGAAAUUACGCAGCAGGUUAGGAGAAUUAGGUUAAGAUUAGGAAAAGGGUUAGGGUUAGCUAAAAUGCACAAAAAAACAGUCUACUUUUAACGUACAUUUUUCAAAAGCUGGGUCCAAUCUAGACAUGACCGACUUGAAGGGAGACACUUUGACGUCAACACACAAAGACACUUUUAAUCAUGUGUGUCAUACAUGGAUGAUGACCAUGAUGUGAAUGGUUUUGUCACAUUUUAAUGAAUGUCUUUUUUUCUUUCCACAAAAUGUUUUACUGAAAUGGGAUGUUGUGUUCAUAUAACAAGGAGAGCUAAUGUAUUAUGAUGUAUUUAAAGACAUAUUCAAAAUGAGGAAAAUGCAAUGACAAACAAAUUAAGAGUUAUUUACUUUGGCCUAAGUAUAAAAUAAAAUAUCCCCACAGCUA